ACAGGAAACUCAGUGCUUGUGUCAGACUGACAUGUAGCUCAGCGACAAAUACAAAGAGUAGCCGAGACGCUAAAUAAUGUUGUCAGACAGCUCGGCUGAACUGCGUUUCGCAAGACCAAGUGGGCAGUGCGGUACAACUUUGAGAGAAAAAGCCAGCUGAGUCGCUUAAGCCAGUUUUACGUCAUGUUUGAAAAGUUGCUGGUUGGUCGCCGAGCUAUGCUAAACCAGUUAGCAGGCUAAGUGUAGUAGCAGACUGCAACCUUUGCCCUCGCAGCUUUCUCUCACUGCCGCUGUGAAGUUAUUUUGCCUGUCAUUUGUUUGUCAGCCAGCCUUUGUUUCUGUGAGAGCUGUCAGCUUCAUGGUCUAAUAUGAGGAGGCGACGAGUGCCAGGCUAACGAGCGCUAAGGCAUUUCUGUUUUGACAAGGACGGACUUUCUGUUUCGGGGCGCUGGGUAAUUACCGCUGCGCUCUGUUUUCGUUUAUAGCUAAAUGACUUGACACCACGUUACAUUUGUGUGGAUUAAAACGCUUCCAAACUGCUUGCUUUGAAAGGCCACCGUUCACUCCCGGCCUGAUACAAUGACUUCAGAUGACCGCAGUAAGCAUUGAGCGUGCAGCCCCCAUCCGUCGCCAUCGAAGAUCCUCUUCUGUUUAUUCCCAGCUCAUCCCAGUCCCUCCGCCCUGACCUCUCAUAAUGUUGGAGGGACUUGUUGCUUGGGUACUUAACACAUACCUGGGCAAAUAUGUCAGCAAUCUUAACACUGAUCAGCUCUCUGUUGCUCUUCUCAAAGGAGCGGUAGAACUUGAGAAUCUUCCUUUAAGGAAAGAUGCACUCAGAGAGUUUGAUCUACCCUUUGAGGUCAAAGCAGGCUUCAUUGGGAAGAUCGUGCUUCAGAUCCCCUUCUAUCGGCCUCAUAGUGACCCAUGGCUCAUCUCCAUGUCUCAGCUGAAUCUGAUUAUUGGCCCUGCCCAUCCCCAGGAAUAUGAUGAUGCGUGGGAAAGGGAAGCUGAGCGGGAGCAGAAGAAACGGCUGCUUAAAGCCUUAGAGGACAAAUGGAAGAGUGAAUGCGAGCAGAAAGGAGAGUCAUACUGGUACUCUGUCACUGCCUCUGUGGUCACCAGAAUAGUUGAGAAUAUUGAGUUGAAGAUUCAAGGUUUACACUUAAGAUUUGAGGAUAACUUCUCUAACCCAGAAAAACCAUUUGCCUUUGGAGUUUGUAUUAAGAAUGUAUCAGCAAAUAAUCCCUCUAAAGAGCCGGCUCCGAAGCUAAUGCGGCAGAAGCAGCUGGAGAUAGAGGAGUUCAGUGUGUACUGGGACACGCAAUGCACCAUGCUUGGAGAUCUUCCUCCUGCAGAAAUACAGGAGACAAUGACUGCAUGCAUGCAGAGCCGAGAGCAUCAGUACAUAUUUGAGCCCGUUUGUGCUUCUGUGCUGCUGAGGAGGAAUGCCUCGAAAGAGCCAUUGCGAUCUCGCAACACUCCGCGCAUUGAGGGUCAGGUGCAGCUUGAGCCUCUGUCACUGCAUCUCUCACAGGUCCAGUAUCAGCAGAUAAUGGCCUUUCUCAAAGAGCUUGAUAGGAGGGAGAGAGAGAUGCUUUUUCGCAAGUGGAGACCCAAAGUCCCCGUCUCAGGAAAUUGCCGCCAGUGGUGGAUGUUUGCCAUCAAUGUUAACCUAGACGAAAUCAAGGAGAAGCGAAGGCGGGGGAACUGGGACUUUGCCCUUCAGCGAGCGCGCGAUGCUCAGCUCUACACUAACCUUUAUAGCCAGAGGCUUAAGGGAGUUACUCUGAGUCCACAGGAGGAGAGUGAGUUUGAGAGGAUUGAAGAUGAACAGACCCUGGAGGAAUUGCAGAGUCUCAGGAAAAUCGUUCAUGAUGCCUUUCGCAAACAGGAGGAAAUUGCAGAGAGUGUAAGAGAGCCCAUGUCAGAGCCAACAGCCACCUCUCCAUCCAGUUCCAUUCCUAAAAGUGGCAGUUCGGGUAUGAUCCAGUACCUGCAGUCCUGGUUCCCUGGAUGGGGUGGUUGGUAUGGAGGUGCUGAGAGGGGUCCAGAUGGGCAGCCAGUAACAGAUGACCUUAUGCCAGAAACUACUCAAUGGGAUAUUCUGGCUGAAACAGAUGACCUAUUUGACCCUUUGGAAGACUCUCAGACUCUCAACACUUUUACCAGGAGGGAUCACCUCUUUGCACGGCUGGAUUUCUUUCUUGAGAAGGCAGCUGUCACUCUUUUCCAGCAAGACAAGUUGAAUCCAUUGUCCAGUGAGAGUGGGGUGAUUCAGUUGGAGUUUUCAGGGGUGAAGAUUGGUGUUGAGUCUCUGCCCCGAUCUGAGUCUUCUCUUCUCUCUGUAAGGCUUGGAGGGUUGUUUCUCAGAGACCUCACCACCCAGGGCUCCAUCUUCCCUGUGCUUGUCUCACCAAAACCAGAAAAGGUUGCUGUUGCCAACACUCAACCCUUUGGUCAGAGUAAUAGUACAGACAAAGGCAACACAGCGUCUUAUAUGGAGUCUUCUGCAUCCCCUGUCUUUGAAAUGAUCUAUGAGCGUAACCCAAUAAGAAGCAAAUUUGAGAGGAGACUGGAGGUUAAUACCAGCCCUCUCAAUAUCAUCUACAACCCUCAGGCUAUCAAGAAAGUGGCUGACUUUUUCUACAAGGGGCGAGUUCAUACCUCAGGGUUCGGAUAUCAGUCAGAGUUAGAGUUGCGAGUGGCUGAGGCAGCAAGGAGGCAAUACAACAAGCUCAAAAUGCAGACAAAAGCUGAAAUCCGGCAGACUAUAGACCAGCUGCUAGUUGGAGAGUUCAUUGAGAAUAGUAAGCGUUGGACAAUGAGAUUGGAUAUUUGCGCCCCCCAAGUUAUUUUCCCAGAUGAUUUUCAGUCUGACGACCCCAUGCUAGUGGUAGUUGAUCUUGGUCGUAUUCUUCUUACCAACUCCCAAGAGGACCCUAAAACUAAGUCGAAGGCCUCGCAAUCAGAAGGAGAUGAGUUAAGUGAUGAGGAAUACCAGACUCCUCUAGCAACACCUCCUGGAUCUCCUCCUCCUGAACAGGAGACAGAGUUUAAAGGGCAGGAGAAGACCCCUGACCUCUGUAGCCUUAAAUCAGCAGAGGGAGCCCAGUCCUUCAGCAGAAUCCUGUAUGAGAAGUACUCUUUAUCUUUUAAUGACCUGCAGAUCAUGGUUGGUCGCUACAAAGACAACUGGAAACAUCUGCAGGGGAGUGAAGUGGGGCCCACCCAUGUAGUGGAGAAAUUCAAUGUGCUCCUGCAGCUGGAGCAGAGGCUGCGUUACACCUCAGACCCACAGCUCCCUGGGGCAGUUCUCUCAGGGACCUUACCAGACCUAAAAGUGCACAUUAACCUAGAGAAGAUGACUGCGCUGAGAAGCUGCCUUGCUAGGCUAGGUAGUCACGGUGCAGACGAGAGCAAGGGUGACAAGGGAGAGAGCAUCAAAUCUCCUGAUCCUUUAACACUCCGUCAUGAAAAGAUUUUUCAAAGGGAGGACAGCCAGUGGAAGCUCCAUGGCUCUGACAAAAAUCUCACAAAGAGUGUGAUGACCCUUGAGCAGCACACACGGGAGGUGCUGGUUGAAUCCAGGCUUCUCCUUGCAGAAUUCAACAUCAACUACAUGCAGCUUGGCGUUGAAAGUGGAGGGCGGUAUAUAUCUGUCCUAAAGGUAUUUGGUACAAAUGCUCAUUUUGUGAAGCGACCUUAUGAUGCUGAGGUCUCACUCACAGUCCAUGGUCUUCUCUUGGUGGAUACUCUGCAGACGUAUGGCUCUGAUUUUGACCUCCUUGUGGCAUCUCAUAAGCACCUCAGCUUUGAUGUGCCCACUGGCAGUCUAAGAGAGAGCCAGCCUACAUCACCAGUCUCACAAGAUGGGAAGUCUCCAGAGCCUUCAGAACUGGGUCUGCCUUUUGACAAAAUAUCUCCUCUCAGCUCAUUUCUUAGAGAUCAGGAGGCUCUCAUUAAACUGGAAUAUCAAUUUGUCAGCUCAGAUUGUCCAUCCAUGAACUUGGAUAGCUCGCUUCAGGUCACUUCUAUGCAGGUCAACAAUUUGGAUAUUAUUCUCAACCCUGAAACCAUUGUAGAGCUGCUCAAAUUUCUCCAGCAGUCCUUUCCUAAGGAAGAAAGCACAUGGACUCCCUCAACACCACAACCACCUCUGCUGCCCAAUGGACAGGACCAAGAGGAGACCUUUCAGUCUACUUAUGAUCAGAAUAAAGAACUGACUGUAGAGAUCCACAGAUUAAAUUUGCUGCUCUUGCGAACAGUUUCAACUGGAACUGUCUUGGGUGGGGAAAAGAGGGGCAUGAAAAUUGCCACAGCCAGUAUAAAUGGGACAAAGGUCAACGUAUCAAUGGGUAGUCGUCUAGAUGUCAAUGGCUCCCUAGGAUGCAUUCAGCUUGUGGAUUUGACUCAAGAAGGCGGAAGGGGUCAAUUUGUGGUCAGUAUAGGAAAUUUAGAGGAUAACCCCUCAGCCGAAGUUUCUGGAUUAACAAUUCCUACUUCUGGAUUAACUUCUUCCGAGGCUUUAAAUUUCCACCUUUUGGAAAAGUCUCAAGGAGAGUGUUCUUUAGAGCUUCAUAUGGCAUCAUUGCACUACAACCACUCGGCCAAGUUCUUGAAAGAGCUCAGUCUUUCUGCCAAUGAGGUAGAAGACAACUUUCGGUCCAUGCUGAAAUCUGCUGCUACAAAAGUAUCCUCUGUGCUGGCUACCAAAACAGCAGAAUACAGUGGAAUGGUUUCUCUCUUUGAGACUCCAUCUAGGCGAUCCAGAUCACAGAGUCAAAGCAACUGGACACUGGACCCCUUUGAAGAUGAACUGGAUCUUACAGAUCCUAAGGAAGAGCCAGGAUUGGAUUCCUUUCUGGUCAAACUUACUCUUAAUGUCAGUAUAGAGUCGCCUGUUGUAUCUAUUCCUCGGAAACCUGGUCACCCAGAGCUUCUUGUUGGUCACCUAGGAAGCAUUACCAUUCAGAACUUUGUAGCAGGACAGGACAGGACAGAGAGAGAGAAAUUACAGGUUGAAGUCAAAGAUAUAAGACUCUAUUCUGUCAAUACAAGUCACCUUGUCCUAAAGAGAGGCCAUCGCCUUGACAGCAGCCCCAGCUCCAGCCAGUCACCCUCUCACAACAACAUUAACUUUGAAGAGCCACAGUUUACUCGGCAUGACUUCUUUGAGUAUUUAAGCCGUGGAAAAGCCUUUCACAUUCUAAAAGACACCACCAUCCAGUGUACUCUUGAGAAAGUUCCCAUAGAUGAAGAGACACAGUUCACCUUCCUGUCAUGUGAUGAACCAUACCACGGUACAGGAUUACUGAGAGUUGAGGGCAAAUUUGUAAAUGCUGUUCAGGUUUUUCUCUGUAAACCUGUGUAUGAACAGGUUCUUCAGACUCUGGAUAACCUAUCAGUCAUUGAGGACCAGAGAGCAACUCCCAGUCAGCCACCAACCCCCCCACCCCCAACACCCUCCUCCACCAAACCACAUCGCUUCCCUGAUCCACAGGGUGGGUUGUUUGCCCGUGACCCACCUCUUAUCGGUUUGUCUUACUCUUCUAUAUCAUCCUCCCUCUCAGCCCCACUCCCCCUCCAGGACACCAGCCCUCCUCUGCAGCCUCCCUCUUUCACCCAGGUCAGAGCCAUUUUCAAAGUAUCUGAGCUCCAGGUGCAGCUGAGUGCAGACCUUAGCCAAGGAUCUCAGGGUCUGGUCAGUCUGCGCUUCCAGGACCUGGAAGGAGACUUCACUAAGGACCAUCCUCACUCCCUGUCAGUCCAGCUGGCCCUUCGCUCCUUGCUAAUGGAAGACCUUCUGGAGCAAAAUCCUGAGUCCAAGCACAAGCACCUUAUGGUUUCCAGGGGUGCCCCCAAAGCAUCUACCUUCAGCCCUAAAGAAUAUCUCUCCCAGUCAUGCCCAUCAGCGUCCAAUGCCUUGUACCCAGAGAUGCCACGCUCACUGCCCGCUCAAAUAGAGGAGGCCCAGAAUGUCUUCCAGUUUUAUCAGAGACACCCCAGUACUCCUUCAGCAUCGAGCCGGAAAACUAAGAAAGACCCAGAAUGCCCCAGCACCCCUCCCCCAUCACCUUCUCGGAAUACACCAUCCCCUCAUCCUCUGCCAGACUUCGAUGACUCUUUGGUUCACAUAAAUGUGCUUUUAGUGGACAGACGACACCCUGAGUUUAAGACCCGCUAUGGCAGUAUUGGUCGUAGUGUAGAUGUAGACUUCAACUGCCUGGAUGUUCUCAUCACAUUGCAAACCUGGGUUGUCAUUUUGGACUUCUUUGGCAUUGGUUCUACUGCCAAUAACCAUGCUUUGAAAGUGCCUAGUUGUUCUCCUCAGCAAGUACCUGGACACCCACUGUACAACACAGCAUCUGCUGAUUUAGCAGACUUGUGCCCUGAAAUAAAUGAGGAGGAACUGGAGGAGAAGGUCAACACCAAAGUCGACCUGAAGGUCCAUUCUCUGUCUCUAGUGUUGAACAAGAAGACUAAUGAGCUUGCUAAAGCUAGUGUCUCAAAAUUGUUUACGCACUUAGAAAUGAUUGAUGGAGAUCUUGCCUUGCAAGGAAGCCUGGGCAGUCUGUCACUGAGUGACCUGACCGCUCAUGGUGACCUGUACAGGGAGCGCUUUACAACACGUGGUGGAGAGGCACUUGUCUUCAAUAUAUACAAGUAUGGACAACCUGACCCUUUCCUAGAACGGGAGUGUGACAUGAAGGUGUCUCUGCAAAUGGCGUCAGUGCAGUAUGUGCACACACAGCGUUUCCAGACUGAAGUGGUGGCUUUCAUUCAGCAUUUCACCCAGUUGCAGGAUGUUUUAGGCAGGCAGAGAGCAGCAGUGGAAGGCCAGGCUGUACAUGAGCGUCCACAGCGAGCUUCACGAAUGCUUUUGGACAUUGAGGCAGGGGCUCCUGUUCUCCUGAUUCCAGAGAGCUCCCGUUCAAAGCGCCUCAUAGUGGCCAACCUCGGCCAGCUCAAAGUGAGCAACAGAUUCCUGCCGGCAGGCAGCCGUGGCACCUUCUCUCUCAGAGACAAGGUAGAGAAACUUACCAUGGCACAUACCUUUUUCCCUUCUCUGGAUCAGGUGAAAAAUGUUCAGCCUGAAAAAUGCUCUUCAAAAGUAAGUGAGGAAGUGUCAGCAGACAAACUCAAAGCCUCUAGCACCACAACCUCUGGCUUCACCCUCAGCAGGCCACAGCCUGCCAUGGGACACAUCCCUGAAGCAAAUAUGCCACCAAGCCCAGAGGAUCAUGUGUGUCUGUUAGACUGCAUUGCCCUGGAUCUGGAAGAGAUGGACUUAUUUGCUGCAGAACGGCUGCCCUGUGAACCAUGGGACAGUGGAGGGAAGCACCUGGACACUGACUUGGUGUUUACCUCCUACUCAGUGCGCAGAACGGGAGGCAGUCUGCUGAAGGAUCGCUGCCGCCUCAAACUUAAAGUGGAACGUAAUCUAGACAAGGAGUUGAGUCAUGCAGUCCCAGACAUGUCCAUCCAUGGCAGCCUGUCAUCUGUACACUGUUCCCUGGACCUGGAGCGGUACCAGCUAAUUCGUGGACUGCUGGAGCACAACCUUGGAGAGCCUGUGGAGGAGUUCCUUAGACCGUACAACCUACAGGAUCCCAGCAGCUAUACGGUGCUGAGUGGUGACGUUUAUACAGGCCUCUCUCUCUUAGUUGACAUGAUGAAUGUCAGUCUGGAGUUACUUGAUGGACCUGCAUCAUCUGGGCCUAAGCGGUCUUUGGCCAGCUUUGACUUUAAGAAAUCCAAGCUGCUAUUUGAGAGUUUUUCAAACGGCUCCAAGUCUGUGAAUUUGGUGUCUCACUCGCUCCUGGCCUACGACACACGCUACAGGGAAUCCAGCAGUGCCUCAGAGGGCAAGCACAAUGUAUUUGACUGCAUUCUACAGCCCUCUAAAACUGGCAACAACCGGGCAUCCCUGCAGUUGGAGCUACAUUACAGAUCUACUAGGGACUCCUCGUGUUUCACUGUGGUUCUGAAUAACCUGCGAGUGUUCCUGAUCUUUGACUGGCUCCAGCUGGUCAGGGACUUCCUGCACAUGCCAGUGGAAAAAGGGGCAGUGCCCACCCGCCAGCGCUGGCCAAGCGGCAGCAGUGACCCGGGUACCACUGGCGCGGUCAUGCCCAAAACCGUCAAAAGUGGAGUUGUUACAAAACGCUCUACUGUUCCUGUCACCCAGGACAAAUAUUUGGAGGUCAAGCUUAAUGUGACAGGGACAGAGUUUGUAGUUGUGGAAGACUCUUCAAGUUUGGACACCAAUGCCAUCAUUUUGAAAGGCACCACUGUUCUCACCUACAAGCCUCGCCUUCUGGACCGACCCUUCUCCGGCAGCUUGGCUGGCAUUGAGGUGUUCUCGUGCCGACUGGGCAGUGAGCAGGAGACAGCCCUGUCUAUCAUUGAUCCUGUCAAUGUGCAAGUGGAGCUCUGCGGCAGCCCUACCUACCAAAGCAGCUCAGGGCUGCUGGAUGCCUUUAACAUUGAAGACUUUCCUCCCUUGCUGGAGAUCCAGUUUCCUGCUCUGGCUAUCCGACUUUCCUACAAUGAUGUGCAGCUAUUCCUAGCAAUUGCUAAGUCUAUACCCACUGGCUCCCCUAGUGUUGCUGACCCUGAUUCUGCUUCCCAGACAGCUCCAUCCACUGCCAGCCCAGACACUACCUCCAAACCUAAAGACAGCUUCAGGCAUCGAACAGAGGCCCUGCUAGAAAAUCAGCUGACACGCUUACAGGACCUGGGAUUCAGGAAGGAAGACUGCAGGAGGGCUCUCAUUCACUGCAAAGGCCAAUUGGAUCAGGCUGCAACAUGGCUGCUGGAGAACGCAGAGAGCAUGUCUGGAAGGAGCAGGGCCAACUCUGAUUCAAGCUCUCACUCUGCUCCCCCACUCUCUGGGGUGGAGAUUAAGGCUGAGAGUGUGUGCAUCUGCUUUAUUGAUGACUGCUUGGACUGUGACAUCCCCCUGGCUGAGCUCACCUUCUCACGCUUGUCAGUACUGCAGAGGAUUGGAUCUACCCAAGAAGGGAAUGCGAGCUUCACUCUGUCUGGAGAUUACUACAACAGAGAGCUCUCAGGCUGGGAGCCGUUUAUCGAGCCCUGGCCAUGUGUCCUGAACUGGCAGCAGCAGGCGGCAGGCCGGCUCCAUCCUCCUCGCCUGAAGAUGGGAGUGCGAGCCAAGCAAAGGCUGGAUGUGAACAUCACCUCUGUCUUACUGGAGCAGUACAGCACCACCAAGACUUCGUGGUUAGCAGAUUACUGUAAGGAAGACGAGCAGUCGCCACAGUCCUCCGCCUCCCUGUCUUGGAUGGGCUCCUCUGUAGACCCCCCCUCCUUUGGUCAGACGGACGUGAAGCUGUCUAAAAGGAGGCAGCCUUUUGUUCCCUAUGCCUUACGUAACCAUACUGGAUGUACUAUGUGGUUUGCCACCCUCACCACCACACCAACCAGGGUGGCACUGUCUCACAGUGGUAGUGCUGACUCUAUAUCAGACGUGCGUGGGCCCGGGACGGAUGACACACAUAACAUCAGUCAGUGGAGAGAGGUGCUGCCAGGGGAAGAGAUUCCGUUUGAGUUUGAGGCCCGUGAGAAACUUAGACACAGACACACCCAUGAGCUGAAGCUGCACCAGCUGCUGGUGCGUGUUGCAGGCUGGGAGCAGGUAAAGCCUGUAUCAGUGGAUAAAGUCGGAGUGUUCUUCCGUUACGCUGCCCCUGAUCGCAAUAACCCCUCUAACACGGUUGGCAGCCCAAUCAGCAGAACCAACAUCAUACAUCCCCAUGUAUAUUUCUCAGCCUUGCCCCCUGUCAGAGUGGUCUUCUCCAUCACUAUGGAGGGAAGUGCACGCAAGGUCAUCACAGUGCAGUCCGCUCUCAUGGUGAAAAAUCGUUUAGAGGUCCCCAUGGAGGUACGACUGGACAGCCCUUCAGCUCCAGACAAACCAGUUGUGCUUCCACCUAUUCUGCCUGGAGAAGCCCUGGCUAUCCCUCUCCACUUGACCUCGUGGAGGCUUCAGGCUCGACCCAAAGGUCUGGGGCUGUUUUUCUGCAAGAUGCCAAUACACUGGACAAGCGUGGAGCGCCCUGGAGAGAUCAGCAGCAGCAAGAGGGAGUGCCAGUCAGCUGACUUUGAUGACCAGCUCAAACGCAGCUUCAGAUUUUGUGUUGUUAUCAAGAAAGAGAACUACCCUGACCAGCAGCCUGCCAAAACUGUCUCUGGUGGUGCCAAGCAAAUCUACCGGCAACCAGGACACACCAUCUACCUACUGCCCACCUUGGUGCUGGCUAACCUGCUGCCCUGUGACCUCAACUAUUACAUCAAAGGGACUUCAAUCAAGGGAACCAUGAAACCAGGCAAAGAGGCUGUGCUCCAUGGUGCUGACACCUCACAGAAUAUAGAGUUAGGUAUUCUUCUGGAGAACUUCCCAGUGUGUAAAGAGCUGUUGAUUCCUCCUGGCACUCAAAACUACGUGGUGCGCAUGCGUCUGUAUGACAUAAACAAACGACUCCUGUGUCUCACGAUCCGCAUCAUUCUCCGAGCACAGGGGGCGCUCAAGAUCCUCAUCUCCGCUCCCUAUUGGCUUCUAAACAAGACUGGACUGCCUCUGAUCUUCCGCCAGGACAAUGGAAAAACAGAUGCUGCUGGGCAGUUUGAGGAGCAUGAAUUAGCCAGGAGUCUGAGCCCACUCCUCUUCUGCUACACAGACAAAGAGCAGCCUACCAUGUGCACUAUGCGUGUUGGUAAAGGGAUCCACCCAGAUGGUGUUCCCGGCUGGUGUCAGGGUUUCUCUUUGGAUGGAGGGAGUGGAGUGCGAGCAGUCAAAGUAAUCCAGCCUGGGAACAGACCAGGACUCAUCUAUAAUAUUGGAAUCAAUGUCAGAAAGGGCAAGGGACGUUACCAGGACACCCACAUUGUGACUUUUGCACCUCGCUAUCUGCUUGACAAUCAGUCUUCGCACAAACUGGCCUUCUCACAAAGAGAGUUUGCUAAAGGAAAGGGCACAGCAAAUCCGGAUGGCUAUAUCUCCACCCUGCCAGGCUCCAGUGUGGUGUUCCACUGGCCGAGGAACGACUAUGAUCAACUGCUUUGUGUCCGACUCAUGGACGUACCUAACUGCACCUGGUCUGGAGGAUUUGAAGUCAACAAACCAAAGUCUUUCCAUGUCAAUAUGAGGGACACUUUGGGAAACUGCUUCUUUCUCCGAGCUGAGAUCACCCUGAAAGGGGCGACCUAUCAAAUCUCAUUUAGCGACACUGACCAGUUACCCCCACCCUUCCGCAUAGAGAACAUCUCCGAGGUGCCUAUUCAGUUCUGGCAGCAUGGAGUUCCAGACAUAAGAUUGCAUACGGAGGUGAAGGCUGGGGCAGUGUUGGACUAUGCAUGUGAUGAGCCCACUCUUCCACCUUACCUCACUCUGACUGUGAAAGGGGCUGGCUCUUCUGAGGUCUCUGCUGACAUGAACUUCUUUAGAGAGUACAACAAGCUCUACUAUGAGAACUUCAUCUACAUCGCUGCCACUUUCACCUUCUCUCAGGAUGCAGGUAAAAGACCAGGUGUAAUGAAGCGUGUGGCCAGCAGUGCUGAACUGGUGCUGGAUGUUGAACCAAAGACACAGAGAGUGAUACUGAAGAAAAAGGAGCCAGGUAAGCGCUCUCAGCUGUGGAGAAUGACCGGGAAAGGAAUGCUUUGUCAUGAGGGUUCCUCUCCUCCUCAGAGUAAACCGGCCCAGCCCCGACCUCCAGACUCUUCACUGGUGCUGGACAUUGCUGGGCUGGCAGCAGUCACAGAUAACAGUUAUGAGCCACUGAUGUUGAGGCGGCCAGACUCUCGCCGCAGUACUACCCAGACAUGGCACUUUAGCUCUGGCAUGCUGACCUGCGGUUUACCCAGACUGGUGGUGCAGGUGAAGGGGGGAGUUUCAGGGUUGUUUGAUGGUGCAGAGGUAGUACUGGGGCCUACCCAGGGACUGCUUGAUAUGCCCCCAGAACAGCAGUUCAUUUACCAGAAGAUGAGGCCAGGCUCUGGGGUGCUGUCUGUACAGGUUCUGCCUGAUGGACCCACUCGUGUACUGCAGAUUAGUGACUUUAAUCAGCGGCGAAUGAACAGAACAUCUCCCAGCACAGAGGAGGAUCCAAGCAAGGAGAACGUUCAGAAGAGAGCUACUGAAGAGGAGCUUGAGGUGUUGGUGAACCUGGAGGAGGGUGUGGGCCUUUCUCUGGUGAACAAAGCGCCCGAGGAGCUGGUGUUCACCACACUGUCUGGCAUCAGUGUGCACUUUACCCGCACUGCCGCCAGCCAGGUGCUAGAGCUCAGCGUGCAGAACAUUCAGGUGGAUAAUCAACUCCUGGGCACCACUCAACCUGUUAUGCUGUGUGUGACUCCAGGCUCCCUUGAGAGCAGUGUGGUGGACUCUGGACCUGCUUUGCAAGUUAAUGCCGUUAAAGUGCCCAGCUCUCUCAUGCUUACAGAGCUCUUUAAACACCUUAUGGUCACUGCUCGGCGCUUUACUGUCAUCAUUGAAGAGAAACUCUUGCUCAAGCUGCUGGCAUUCUUUGGCUAUGGACAAACAGAAGAGGUGGAAAAGUUGGAUGAGAACCUGUAUGAGAAGGCCACUGAGGACACAGGGCCUCCAAAACGCUACUAUUUUGAGAACCUGAAGAUCAGCCUCCCCCAAGUCAAACUAAGUGUCUUCACCUCACACAAAUUGCCUCCAGACCUCACGGCUCUAAAGGGAACUUUGGGAAUACCACUCAUUAAGUUUGAGGAUGCAGUCAUCAACAUGUAUCCCUUCACCAGAGUUCACCCUUAUGAGACCCAGGAGAUUAUCUUCAAUGAUAUACUGAAGCACUUCAGAGAGGAGCUGCUCAGUCAGGCUGCUCAGAUCUUAGGAUCAGUAGACUUCCUGGGCAAUCCCAUUGGCCUGCUGAAUGAUGUUACAGAGGGCGUAUCAGAACUCAUCAAGUACGGCAAUGUGGGAGGUCUGAUCCGCAACGUAACACAUGGGGUCUCGAACUCGGCAGCUAAGUUUGCUGGUACACUGUCAGAUGGACUUGGCAAGACAAUGGACAAUCGGCAUCAGAGCGAGCGAGAGUACAUUCGUUACCAUGGAGCUACCAGUGGGGAACACCUGGUAGCGGGAAUUCAUGGUCUUGCUCAUGGUAUUAUCGGUGGUCUGACCAGCGUCAUCACAUCUACUGUUGAGGGUGUGAAGACAGAGGGGGGCGUAAGCGGCUUUUUCUCAGGUCUUGGGAAAGGGCUUGUCGGCACAGUGACCAAGCCCGUGGCAGGAGCGCUGGAUUUUGCCUCAGAAACAGCCCAGACUGUAAGAGACAUGGCCAGUCUGAGCAACCACAGACUGAGUGUGCAGCGGGUGAGGAAGCCACGCUGCUGUAAGGGUCCUCAGGGAUUGCUACCCCGCUUCUCCUCCACACAGGCUGAUGGACAGGAGCAACUCUUUCGCCUCACAGACAACAUCCACUCUGAAUACUUUAUCGCUGUGGAGCCCAUAGACACCUACUGUGUGCUCAUCUCUUCUAAAGUCGUAUACUUCCUUAAGCCAGGGGAAUACGUGGAUCGGGAAGCAAUUUUCCUGGAAGUCAAAUACGAUGACCUCUAUCAUUGUCUGGUCUCCAAGGAUCAUGGGAAGGUGUAUGUUCAGCUCACCAAGAAAGCCGAAAGCACUAGUAGUGGAGUGGCCAUUCCAGGCCAGUCUCAUCAAAAGCCUAUGGUUCACGUGAACAGUGAAAGCCUUGCUGUCAAGAUCUCCCAAGAAAUCAACUAUGCCAAGAGCCUUUACUAUGAGCAGCAGCUCAUGUUACCCCCCAGUGAGAAUGAGGACAGCUUAUUAUUGGACUCCUAACUAAAUUAAAUCAGCUUAGUUUUCCAUUUGUUUGAAUUGAAGGCAUUUUUUUCUCGUAGAAUUUUUGUGGUUUAAAAAAAACUGAUAGAAAAAAGAAUGGGCAUCCAUUUAGGCGGUCAUCUGCACAUACUCAUGAUGAAGGGAUUGUUUCAUAAUGCAAAUUAGUCUACUGUAAUAUUCUUAAUUAAGCACAGAUUAAACUAUAACAAAUAUGCAAGUAUUUUAUUAAGUUCUCUGUUGAACUUAGAAGAUAUAUAUAUUUUGUUUUACAGCUGUUUAUAGAGUUUGAGUAGUAUUUGUUGCUAAAAAUAUGCAUAUAACUAAUGUUGUAUAUGUUUGUGUAUAGAGCAAAUAUGUACAUAUAUAGAUACAUACCAGUAUGCCACUGUCUGCCAUGUAUUGUACAUAUCGUUAACAAGAAAUUAUGGAGAAUUAUAUGGACACUGGGGUUGCUGUACAAAACUGCCUUUGAAAAAGUUUUUUUUAUUUCUCUAUAUAUUUGAGAGAACUGUGUGGGUUAUACUUAAAUUGCACUGAUAUAGAUGUAACACAUUGCUGCUGCUCUCACCGCUCACUAGUGAGCAAAUACCAAGAUAGAUCACCACUCUGCGUGCAGUCCUGCCCUGACAUUCAAACCUCUAAAGUUUAUUUAAUUCUCUUUUUAUUUAUUUGUAUAUCUUUUCUAUAAACCUUUUAAGAACUUUUUUGUGACAGAACGUCAGUUAAAUCUUGUGAAUCACUAUUAAUAACAUAUGCUUACUGUUUGUAAUACAAACAGUACUCUAAAAUGCUGUAAUAUUAACACUACAAUCAUCAUUAAUAAUUUGCUAUUUGACCUGGAUGUGAAGUGUAUAGACAGUCAUUUUGUUUCAAAUAAACUACUUUUACUCUGCAGUGA